AUGUCAAGCACUUUAGCAACACAAUUACAAAAUAUUACCGCCGGGAAUGCGUUAAAAGGCAGCUUAUUGCAUUCACAGAAAACCCGGGCAUCGUAUUUGUUUGAUUCAAAGCAGGCGGCCGAAUAUGAUUUGAGCACAAUUCAUUCAAUUGGCGUUUCUGGAUUAGAAGAGUUAAUGGAAAUUGAUAAAGUGUUUGUAGACUUUGAAAACACGAUCUUUUCCGAGUAUAUGAAAACUUUUGAUCGAGCUCUUCAAACAAAAGAAGAAAACGAAAAGCUUGAUAAGAGCAUUGGUCAUUUUCUAAGUUGCUUGUCUCCUUAUUUUCUAAUAAAACCGGCUGGGAAAGCCCUUGAGUGGUUAAUUCGUCGAAUUAACGAAUUCAAUGUGAACGACAUAUUAACAUGUAUAUUGCCAUACCAUGAAACAAAUUCUUUUGUGACAAUGGUUUCGAUUCUACAUCUGAAUGAUCAAUGGACAUUUCUUCAACAAAUACAACAAAAGCGACAGCCACUUGACCGCGCAAAUCUCAUAAAAAUGUGCAUCAAGGAUCCCACGAUACUCCAAUUCAUCUGCGAAAUCGUGGUGAAUUCAAAGCAUCCUUUCAAAACCCUCAUAUCGUUUUACGUGGCAGUUGUCAUCCAUUAUAUUCAAAAUGUUCCCAAACUUACCGAUAAUAAUUUAACAAUUUUGUUGCCAUAUAUUCUGAAAAGCUGCAAGAAAAAACGUUUCGCAGAUUUAAAGAUUGGAACUUUUAUGAUUAUCUCUCAAAUUGCAAACAAGGCAGUACUUUCAUCUGAUACAGUAUCAGAACUGAUAUUACGGAUUCUAAAAAGUAAUUCUCAAAUAGAGUUACAUUCACUAUUGUGUGUUGUACAUAUAUGUCAAACUCAAGCAUCUAUUACCCAAUUUUCCAAACGAAUCAUGAAACACUUGCAGAAGCUUCCAGAUUUGGAUUCACAUCUGAUUAAAAUUUCGGAAAAGUAUCAAAUGGAUAUGUUUCUGAAAAUUUUCUUCACUUCUCUCAUUACCUAUAAGAAAAUCGUACACGAACCUACUUUAGAGGCAAGCAAAACUCUAUUAUUAAGUGUAAAUCAUGCAGAACCUAAUAUAAGAAGAGUCGCUCUCAGAAAAAUGAUCGAAAUGUUACAAAGUGAAACUCCACCUGAUUGCAAUUUUAUUGUGCAAGAUGUUCUUCCACCAGAAACUUUAGUUUCGGAAAAAGCCGAUAACAUUUCAUCGCCUGAUACUGAAAUGUUCACUCACGAACCUACAUUAGAGGCAAGCACAACUCCAUUAGUGAGUGUAAAUCAUGAAGAACCUGAUAUAAGAAGAGUCGCUAUCAGAAAAAUGAUUGAAAUGGUACAAAGUGAAAUUCCACCUGAUUGCAAUUUUAUUGUGCAAGAUGGUCUUCCACCAGAAACUUUAAUUUCGGAAAAAGUCGCUAACAUUUCAUCGCUUGAUACUGAAAUAUUCACUCUAAUGAAUCUCCUGUCUUCACUCAAAAAGAUAGCAGGACAUAAAAUAAAUUGGCUAAAGAAAAAAGAAGAGGAGAAUGAAUCGGCUAAACUUUAUCGUACUAUUCUUGUGGAUCUUUUUAAUGUUAUCAUUACUGGACCGGAUAUUAAUUGCACUGAUAUUAUAAUAAAGCAAUUUUUCGUCACGCAUUUUUCUGAUGAUGUACUACAAUUUUGUUGCAGUAUUUUAGUGACAGAUGAUUCUUCGGAUAUACUUAAAAUACGCAGUCUUCAGGUCGCCAAUGCGUAUAUCCGUGCCUAUGCACGCCCCGAGGCUUCACACCAAAUUGAUUUUCAAUUAAUAAUACCAACAUUGAUGUCAGCACCUAUUAACGCCAAUUAUUCGAUUCGGAAAGCUGUCCUAUCAUGUCUAGAAUCAAUUUGUUCCAUUUACGAGGUUCUUUGGCAAGUCGAUGCAAAGCAGCAAGAUGUUUUCUCGUCCCUCUUAGAUUUAAUUACGAGCGCCAAUUCUUAUGAUGUUGCAAAUAAAUGCAAAGGUUUUCUAAUGCGCGUCUCUAUUCCCGCGAGAGUUGUUCAAAAGGAAUUAUCGAACAUUAAUCAAAAGCUUGAAGUUAUUCAAAAUGAAGCUGAACUAGCUAAUGCCUCCUCGAAAAAGCACACUCAAGAUCAACUCGAGGAACCCAACGCAAAGCGUGCACGUCAUGAAUAUCAGCAAAAUGAAUCACCUGAUCGAGUUUUAGCCGAAUCAGCUCAAGAAGAGACAAGCAAAAAAGAAAUAGCACCACAAACAUCCAAACACAUUCCGCCGUUACAUCGAUUGACAACUCUCUUAGAGCUGCUUCAAUGCAAGCCCAAGCCUAAUAUCGAUGAAAUCUCAUUGAUUGCCAGUUUCUUUGAAUUGCUGAAAACACUUUCCAAAUAUAAAUCAAAUGAUCGGGAUUAUGUUGUCCAAUUGAUCCUCGAAAGAUUAACCGAAAUAGUUAAAAUAUCUACACAGAAAACAAACAUGCAGCUAUAUUAUCAAAUAAAUCUUAAUAUAGUUGGCGACUAUCUUUUAAAAUCUCGAAACUCUCAGAUCCAGAAUCAAUGCCUCUUGCUUAUGAGUGCUGUAGCCGUUACACAGCCUACAUACGUAUUAAACAAAAUCAUGCCGUUAUUUAGCACGUUUUUGGAAGAAAUUGGGUUUCAACGGGACAACGAGUAUUCUAAUCAAAUAGUUCGUCAUGCGAUGGAAUUAGUAUUACCGGUUGUUAUCGAACAAAAAGAAAAACAAUCACCCCAAAAAAAAGAAAAUUCUAGUCGCGCCUUUAGAGCGAAAGAAAUCCUGGUAAUAUUUAUACACGCUAUCGAUCAUAUGCCAAAAACGAGGAUAGUUCCUUUUCUUACUACGUUUAUCCAAACGCUCGGCGAAAAUGAAUUCUUACAUGCAAUCACUGGACUGUUACUAUCCUAUGCAUGUACCCCGCAGCGUGAAAAACCUAAAAUUCUGGAAAUUGGUUAUAUAAGUGAAUUGUGUCUUACACUUAUGGAGCAAUUCUCACCAGAAGCUCAAAUACGUUCUGCUGUUCGUUUAUUUGAAGAGUUGUUAUUAUUGCCAAAUAAUAUAAGACAUCGGUAUAAAAAAUUAACGAAGACUCAUGGAACGCCGGUUGAUGACUACUUGUUUCAAAUUUAUGGUCAAACCGAUGCAGAGAUUCUCCAUCUAAAAAAUGUUUCCAUAAAAUUGUUCAAGAGUCUUUUUACCCACGAUGAAUUUCUGAGAGGACUUCUUCGGUGGGAGAAUGAAGAAAAGAACUAUGAAACUCGAAUUCAGGGUUUAUGUUUGAAUUUGACGGAAGUAAUUUUGAAGCUUUCCUUAAGUUUGGAAGCGUAUCAAAGUUCACGGCCUGUUGUUGUUGAAAUUGUCAAAGAAAUUCCUACGUCGAUCUCGGAUGUUUUGUUCGCUAUUCAUGGAUUUGUAUCAAAUACAUCAUUUGUCUCUAUCAUUAGAGCGUUACUUAAUCAUACUAAUUUAAAAAUUCGUUCAAAAACAAUUACGCUAUUACAUAAACGUCUCAUUAAUUAUGAAUCCAACAACAAUUCAAAUGAUGAGCAACCGACACAUAUGAUUGAAAUUUUAUCAGAUCUCAAUUCGUUGAUUUCUACAAACGACGAGAACACAAGCGUAGAAAACCUUAUUUGUAAACAAAAUGCCCUGAAUUGCUUGUCUAGUUUCGUGCGUCGUUUUAUUAACGGAAACGAAGAAUUGUUUACACAAUGCAUAACUCCUGUUAUAAGUGAAGCUGUCUUUCAGCAUCAAAACGUUAACUUACGAAUUAGUAGUAUUGCUUGUUUGGCGCAGAUUUGUCACGAAAUUGGGCUCAGAAUUAUACCCUUUUUACCUCGAUUCAUGCCACAGCUGUUGGAACAAUUGCAAUCCUCUUUAAAAGAACAAGAAUCGGAAAACCACCGGCUACUCAUGGCAAUACUCGCUACCUUCGAAGCUAUUUUCACCAAUGUUCCGUCCUUCAUCGCGCCAUAUUUAUAUCAAUUACUCGAAUGUUUUCUCCAUCCAGUCAUGUAUCAAAAUCAACACGAUAAGGAGCAUAUUGUUGAAAUUUAUGAGAAGAUAUUUAUUAGUAUUGCCACAAAUAUCGAACCACGAGUAUUACUCCCGCAAAUCUCUGAUAUUUACCAAAAAGCUGUGGAACUUGGCUCAGGAAGCAUAAUAUUACUACUAAAACUUCUUGAAGGAGUGGUUAUGUCAGUAAAAGCCGAGGUUCUUCUAGAUUACAGAAUUGAUAUUUUCAAAUUCUUGCUGCUUCCUUUCGAUUACCGGCGCAUGCAUAAAAAUCAGGCUUUGGAGGAUAUCAUAAAAGUCGAAGACCAAACUAUUUCUGUCUUUAAUAAUUUCCUCUUGAAAUUAAACGAGGAUUUGUUUAAACCGUUAUUUUUAUGGAUGAUUGAUUGGGCUACAACAGAUUCUUUAUUGGGAACAGAUAUCGAUUAUCGACUUACUUUUCUAUUCCGACUAAUUCAUCACCUAUUAAACGAGAUGAAAGGUAUAUUCUCGCCGUAUUAUCGAUCUGUGAUGGAUAUCUGUAUCUCUAAGUUACAGGAUUAUAAAGAAGGUCGAAGACAAUUCGAUGAUUUAUGGAAUCACAUUGUUGAUUCUUUACAAAAAUAUUUCAUGCAUGAAGAGAAUGUUUUUGAAACCAACGAACAGUUCAAAAAACUUAUGAUUCCACUUGUAGAUCAAUUACUCGUCCCUGUUGAUCAAGAACAAUACGAAGACAGAAUCAUCCAACAUCUAAUGCCUUGUCUCGUCCAACUAGCAAAUAACCUCGAUGAUCUCGACAAACUGGAUUUACUCAGCAAACAAGUUCUUUUACAUAUGCAACUUCAAACAGCCUCGGUGCAAGUGCGUCUUGGUGCAUUACGCGUGAUGCGUGAAUUUUACGAGAAAUUGGGCGAGGCUUUCUCGAAUUUCAUCCCAGAGGCGGUGCCGUAUUUGGUUGAGUUGAUGGAAGAUGAUGACCAACGAGUGGAAGCAUCUAAUGCAGAGUUGAUUCGUAUUAUUGAGAAACUUGCGGGGCAGUCGUUUGAUGAUUAUCUUAAAUAG